CGGAUCUCCUUCCGCCACAGUUAGCAGGCCCGCAGUCUCGAGCAGACCCGCAGAAGGGAGAGGAGCCAGCGGAGUAGUCGACAGCAGCAGCAGCAGCAGCAGCUCCCAAACGCGCAGUGUGUGAACUGAACGGGGGCGAUUUUAUUUAAAAAUAAAGCCUGGGACAAUAGUUCCCUGGGACCUGAGCUGGAUUUUGGAUCCCCCUGAUGCGAGUGAGUGGCAAAGAGUCCUGGAACAAAAAUCAAAGCGAUGGGAGCCUUUGGAGUGGUCAUAGGGAUUUUACACUGCAUGGGACUUUACAUCCAACUUAGCGCCUCGUCAAAGCAAGCUGGAUACCCGGACCUGGAGAAUCAUAUCUCCGGCAAUGUUUCAGCCCUGUUCACAGAAGUGCCCCAUGACAUCACAACGCAGCCGGGUCAGGAUGUGGAGAUGGCCUGCUCCUUCCGUGGCAGCGGCUCACCCUCCUACUCCCUGGAGAUCCAGUGGUGGUACAUCAGAAACCACAAAGACUGGAUGGACAAACAGGCAUGGACCUCCAACCAGAUAAUGCCCCAAGAACAGAAUUUGAAGGAUGCUACCAAAAUUAGCGUCGUGAAAGUUGCUGGGAGUAACAUCUCUCACAAGCUGCGCCUGUCUAGCGUGAAGCCCUCAGACGAGGGGACCUAUGAGUGUCGGGUGAUUGACUUCAGCGACGGCAAGGCCAGACACCACAAGGUUCGGGCUUACCUGCAGGUGGAAUCAAACCAGAACUCGGAACCGCAGCACCACGGCACCGGCCACCGCCCACAGGAGACCAAGGCAGGGAGCCUCCAAUCCAACCACGGCAAGCACGCACCCACACACAGCCAUCACAAAGGAGGCAGGGAGCUGAAGAAACACUCGGCGGAGAAUGCUAAUGACUGCACUGACAGCUGUGUGCUGUAGAGCCAAGGCAGCCGGGCAGCCAGCCCAGACUGCAGCUACGACGUGAACCGCUUCUUGUAAAUUGUAUAAAGGAGUGCAUGUUAAACAUCUUUAUAACGAAUGUUUGUUGUUUAUUAGUGGAAAGUCAAGACAACUGUACAUUGGGAUUCUGGGACGGUUUUUGAAGACAGCUACAGGAAUAGGCAUGAUGGUUUCUGAUUAAAUCACUCGAUAUUCCUCAUUAUUUACUUCAAAGAUCAAACAUGUCCAAAGGGUGAAGCCAAAAGGGGAAAUAUUUGAUAUUAUAAAAAUGAAAGGCCUAUAAUUUCAGGGGCACAAUUUCAAUUUGUUAACAACAAAAAUGAUAACAAAGGAUUUUUAAUAUUUGUUUUGCUUUUACAAAUGGACGCAUGUCUUGUUUGUGGAAGAAUUCGUUUUUUACAGAAUUUUGGUCUCACCCAUAACCGCUUAUCACAUUAAAUAAAUCCUACCUGAAUUAAAAACCUUAAUGCGAUCAGAUAACAUAAUGUGGGGCAUUGCAUCACAAAAAAAAAUUGAUUAUAAUUAUUUUACAAAACUAAAAAUAAAAAAUGUUAAAGAAAGCACUAAGUCCCUGAUUGGCAUGCUGUCUUUGAUAAGUGCCAGUGUGUUAACAUUCAUCACAGUUAGUUUCAUCUGGUUUGAGCAAGUUUUUUUUUUUUUUUUUUUUUUUAGAAACUUUUGAGUUUUUCUUUCUUUUUGCAAAACGACACUAAAGAGAGGUGGUAGGAGAGGUCAAACAUACAUUUAUAAAAAAUACCUUGAAAAAAAGGAUUUCUAUUGACAAUUGAUGGCUUAGAUAUGGAAAGGUAUGCAUCCUAGCCCCGAAGACUUGUUAAGCACAGUUGCAUCUUCUAAAAACAGCUGUUUGACCGCAGACAAACCAUUGUCAUACAUAAAUAAACCAGGGCACUGCAUACCUCUGGGACCAUAAUCACGACUGAACACCCAACCAGGUUGUCAAUGAACACCCAGCACUGUACGAUAACUAUUAACAGAAUUACAUUGGUUUAGGUUAUGCAGGACCACUGUGGACAUGGGCACUUACUGAAGAUAAUUAUUAAAGGGAUCAUCAAAAGACCAUCCACCUUUCAAACCAAGGCUGUGUAUGGACAAUCCCUGUUGGUACAGUAGAUGUCCCAGCUAUGAAGUUAAUAAUCAGAGACAACUGCAAAAUUUUUAAUAAAUGAAAAACACCCAUCAUUCUAAAAGGUUAUAGUAACAUUUUAUGUGUCAGUAUGAUAUAAAAACAUUAUUUAUUCAACUUAAAUCACUGAUCCCUCACAAGAAUAAUAAUAAUAAUGAUAAAACUAAUAAAACUUCCCCCGUUCUAUUUCGGGAGACAGGGGUUUUCUUUCUUCAAUACUGUUUAUUUAUGUAAAUGUACAGUACAGUAUGUAAUCUUAUGUAAUCUUUAUCCUAAUAUUAAAAAGAAAACGUGUCAAUCAA